AUGGUGUCAGGAUGGACCAAGGUGGGAAAGGCUGAGGCAGAUCCUACACCAGAGGGUCCUCCUCAUAACAGCAUCAAGAUGUGGGACUGGGGCUCCCUAGAUGCCUGCCUGCAGGCCACGCUGUCCUCUCUGUACCCACCCUUCGGGCCCUCGGCAGGGGUGCUGCUGGGCCAGGCACUGGCUGUGAUCGACAGGGCCUACGGGGGCGACGGGCUGCGCUAUCUGCUGGACUUCCUGCUGCCCGCCCGCCACAUCCUGCACUGUGUCCAGCUGCAUGCCUGUGGUCAGUACCGGGGGCGCCUCUUCGCCCACGCCGGCUGGCCCCUGUGCCUAGGGGAGCGCGUGGUGGUGCACCUGGCCGGCCUGGACUGGCGUCUGCUGGAGCCGGGGGACUUCUACCUGCAGCUGGUGCCCUUCCUGAGGCGGCAGCCCCGCCUGGUGCUCACGUGCCUGGCCCCCGGCGGCCACGGGGCCCAGCAGCUGCCCUUGCCAGAGGCCAGCUAUUCGGCCAUCUUCACGGCCCGCUGGCUGGACGCCCUCAACGCCAGGCGGGCGCCCGGCCCUCGGGCCCUCCGCUGCUGCCUCCUGGUGGCCCCCGGGGGCCGCGUCCUGCGGGUGCCCUGGGAGCGGGUCCUGAGGCCCCGCUUCUUGGAUGAGCCGGGGGUCAAGGCCCCCCCCAGAGCCCUCAUGGCUUCGCGAGGGCCUUCAGACCCGGCCCCGCCAGGGCCCUUGGCAUCGCCAGGCUCACGGGGCGAUGCUGGCGAAGACGCCCCGGAGAGCCUGGGCCUGCCUGGCGUCUGCCAGUGCCCCGCGCCGGCCUUCCUGGGCAGCUCCGAGGGAGAGGAGGACGGUCUAGACCCCGGGGCAGCCCGAGCCCAUGCCACCGACUGGAGGUACGCCGUGUGCAGCUACGACGAAGGCCCGGAGCCUCCAGAGGCCGUGGCUGAGGCCGCCACCCCUCCUGGCCCUCCCCCGGGCUCCCUCCCCGGAGAAGAGGGGCAGCACCUGCGAGGCUCGCCUCCCCCAGGGGCCGCGGACCCUCGGCUCCCUGCACAAACACCCCUGCCAGGUGGGCAGAGUGGGGGGGAAGUGACCGCUGAGGCCCCACCAGAAGGAGCCAAGCUCCGUGGCAGCGAGAGCUCUCCGUCUCCCGGGCCAGCCCAGGAGGAAGGGCAGGACCGGGGAGCCCCGAGGCCGGGCCCUGGGAGCCCCCUGCUCUCCGAUCCUGAGGACACCCUGGAGAGAAGGGAGUCUGGGAACCCCGAGAAGGCCCCAGGCCUGAAAUCGCCUGGAGCAGACAUCUUGGGAAUGGACAGAACAGAAAACCCCCUCUCCUUGGGGGAUCCUGAACAGUGUCCAGCCCUGCCUGUGCCCGUGAUGCCCACCGCUGCCCAGGACUUGUGCCCCCAGCUGCUGGCCAGUGGGGUAGCUGCCCUGCCCGGAACCAGAGACUCUGAGGGCCGAGCGGUGCUGUUGGUCUUUGCCCACCAUCCUGCCUGGCACGGUCCUCUCUGCGGCACCCAGGAGCUUGCCAGCCUCUUCCUUUAUUUGCGCAGCAUUCCCAGCCCCGAGGUGCAGGCCCUGGGACUGACGGUGCUGGUGGACGCCCGGCACUGCCUGCCCAGUCCCAGCCUCUUCCUGGGGCUUGGCCAGAUGCAGAAGGCUGUCCCGGGCUCCGUGCACCAGGUCCUCCUGCUGGGGAAGAUGUCGGGGGCUCCACCUCCAGGACUAAAGCUGGAGCUGCUGUCCUCUCGUCAGGCUCUUCUCUCCUUCAUCCCCAACUCCCAGCUGCCCCUAACUCUCGAAGGCUGCCUCUCCUACAGCCACAGUGCUUGGCUGGACUUCCGAAAGCGUCUGGAAGCCUUGCAGCGGAGUUGCCUGGAGGCCUGUGCCCUGCUUCGGGGGGCCAUCGAGAGUGUGGAAGCUGCCCUUGAGCCAGAAGGUCCUGGGGGAGCUGGGCAGCUGCUGCAGGACCCACAGGAACUGAUGAAGCGGGUGCUGAAUGACCCUCAGCUGACUCAGCUGCAGCGGGAGGGUGGCACGGCCUUGGCACAACUACAGUGGGAAAAUCCAGGAGUUGUUCAGAGCCCAGACUACAGGCUGGCAGUGGCUGAGGCAGGGAAGCUGUAUGCCCAGGUAGACGGGCUGCUGCACCAGCUGGUCACUCUCUGCAACCAAAGGAUGCGGGCACUAGAGCUGGGAAAGAUGCUGGAGACCCAGGCAAGAACACUGGCCGAGAUCCAGGCCUGGCUGCAGAAUGUAGGCUGGCCAGGGCUGAAAGGGCCUGAGGAACCUUCGCUGGACAUGCUGCUUCAGGCUCGAGAUGCCUUCUGGGAGCUGGACCGGGUGGGCCAGGAGCACAUCCGGCAGGCCGAGGGGAUUCUAGCUGGCUGGGAAGCGGAGGAGCUGGGCCGGCUGGGCGCGCGGGGAGCCCGCCUCAUCUCCUUGCAGACGCUGCUGUCAGAGUUCUCGGGGGCGCUGGCUCGGCGGCGGCGGCAGCUCAUGGAUGCCCAGCAGCUCUCUCACCUGCUGGAUCAGGCCCUGGCAUGGGCACAGGACGGACAGAAAGCGCUGGCCAGGCUGGCUGAGGAGAAACAUGCAUCCCCAGAGGUGGUGCUACACUGGCUGCAGGAGCACCGGCUUCUGCACCCUGACCUGGCACCGUCCCACUUUCAAGAGAUGCGGGCCCUGGCGGUGGGGUUGGGCUCCAAUCUCGCCAACCAGCAGUGCCACCUCGUGUGGAUCCAGUGCCAAGACACCCAGCUGGCUUUAGAUAGGAAGCUGGAGGCCGCACUCAGGGCACAGCAAGUGCUGCCUGCCUUUGCCAAGGACCGAGAAUGCCCCCUGGGUGGUGGCAGCAGCAGCAGCAGCUCCUUGGAUCAGGCCUCCCUGAUGUCUGGCAUCAUUUCCUCGGGGCCUGCCACCUCCCACACCCUGAACAGGACACGCGCUUCCAAGCCAGUAGCAAAGCAGAGUCUGAGGAGCUCCGUGGGUCAGCUCAGCCUGGGGGAGCCUUUGCCCUUGCCCUUGGCCUCCCCCCGCAGCCCCUCGGGCAGUUUCACAGAGGCUGCAGGGGGCCGGCAAGCUGCGCCCUUCCAGAGAUGUCUGAGCACCCUGCAGCCAUUGCCCAGCCAUCCCGUCCUGGAGACCAGUCCCCAGAACAGGCUGCGCCUGGUUCUAGGAGAAAUGGUGGCAACAGAGCGGGAGUAUGUGCGGGCCUUGAAUUACGUGGUGGAAAGCUACUUCCCUGAGUUGGAACGGGCAGACGUGCCCCAGGUCCUGCGGGGGCAGCGAGCCCAGCUCUUUGGCAAUCUGGAGAAACUGUGGGACUUCCACCGCCACUUUUUCCUGAGGGAGCUGGAGAGCUGCAGCCAGCACCCCCUUCGUGUGGCCCACGCUUUCCUACGUCAUAGGGAGCAGUUUGGCUUGUAUGCCCUCUACAGCAAGAACAAGCCCAGGUCAGACAUGCUGCUGGCCAGCCAUGGGAACGCCUUCUUCAAGGAAAAACAGCGGCAGCUGGGCGACCACCUGGACUUGGCUUCCUACCUGCUGAAGCCCAUCCAGCGGAUGAGCAAGUACGCCCUGCUGCUCCAGGAGCUGUCCCAGACCUGUGAAGAGGGGCCGGGCCCCGGCUGGGCCCGAGAGCCUGACCUGGCAGCCCUGCGCGCCGCCUGGGACCUCGUCCGAUUCCAGCUGCGGCACGGCAACGACCUGCUGGCCAUGGAUGCCAUCCGCGGCUGUGAUGUGAACCUCAAGGAGCAGGGCCAGCUGGUACGCCAGGAUGAGUUCACCGUGUGGUCCGGGAGGAAGAAGAGCCGGCGGCAGAUCUUCCUGUUUGAGGAGCUCAUCCUCUUCAGCAAGGCCCGGCACAGGCCUCAGGGCACCGCCUCCUUUGUGUACAAGCAGUCCUUUAAGACGUCGGACAUAGGACUCACCGAGAACUGCGGAGAGAGCGGCCUGCGCUUCGAGAUCUGGUUCCGGCGCCGCAAGGCAGGCGACACGUUUGUGCUCCAGGCUACCACCCAGGAGAACAAGCGGGCCUGGACCGCCGACAUCGCCAGCCUGCUCUGGAGGCAGGCUGCCCGCAACAAGGAGCUCCGAAUGGCUGAGAUGGUGUCCAUGGGUGUGGGAAACAAGCCCUUCCUGGACAUCGCCCCUAGUGAAGCAGCCAUCAGUGACCGUGCCAUCAACUAUAUCAUGAAAGGUCGAGGAGCUCGGACUCGGGCCUCCAUUGCCGUGUCCCUAUUUGACCACACCAACCCCUACCCUGGGCCUCCGGCAUCACUUCCUACGGGCCCCUCUUCCUGCUCCUUGCUGGGACCCCUUAAUCUGCACCUGUGUGGGGACCCAACUCAACUGGGACUCCGUUGGCCCUUGCAUCGCACCCCUUACCCAGAAGAGGAUCUGGAUCCAGAGACUGAAACAGGAAGCCAGCCUUCACUGACUCCUGAGAGCUCUGAGGCCUCGUCCCAAUGUCCAUCAGCUAGUUCAAGCAGCUCAGAGAGUGACUGUGUCCCUGGUUUGCCCCUGGCCAGUAGCUGUGAGGACCAGUCCAUGGCGCUCCAGGAAGACAAAGCCCACUGUGGCCAGAGUCAGUCCAUAUCCUUGGUCUGAGUUCUGCUUUGGCAGAUGUGAUGGCGGAUGCUGGUGGCCAGGAGAGAAACUUCUUCUUUGCACCUGUUCCUUUCCCCUCUGCUGGGGGGCCUAGGCUUAGGCCUGCCCCCCAUUUCCCUGUUGUUGGUCAGGGUAAGGCCCAGGGCAUGAGUUUGUGUUUUCUUUGCGGUUG